UCGAAAUCUUUUAUUUCCGAGAGAAAAAAGGAGAAAAAAAAGAGCCUCCUUUUUCUCGCAUCCUACUUUUUUUUCCGACGAUUUUUUUCCUACGUUUCACCGGAUUUGAAACGAUUUUGACCCUUCCAGUUGUUCUUAAUUUGGCCUCUGUUCAUGUCUCUGGAGCGAUGAACAACGGCCCUCCCAAUAGUGCAACAAACUCCUCCAUCACUGAUGGACCUCACGUCGAGAGGAGCCCAAGCAUCGGCGACGAAUACUACGUUUCCUCAUCUAGUAAUGCCUCGGCCUCUUCGUUGAAUAUUGGCUCCCCUAUCAUUCAACGGAGUCCUCAUCAUGAACAGACGAACCAAGGGGUAUCCAGAAAUGAGUUGAGUUCUGUCCACGCCCAGAAAAAACUGAGGCUGGAUACGAGGCAAGAAGAUAUAAUCCAACCGCAGUUUGUUAGUCAGUUGCUUCAGGGGAAACAAAACCCCCAGUUAAAUGCCACCAUCAAGAUGCAGAAGCGAAGGAGACACCAGAAACAGCAGGAGAUGAUGCCGAGAGCUCAGCAGAUGCCUCAGCAUCAGCCGGGGCCAAGCAAUCUACAAGCAAAAUCUGUGACUACUCCUGUUGAAGAUAUUUCUGGCGAAGGACUGUGUGCUCGGAGGCUUGUGCAGUACAUGUGUCAUCUGCGUCAUAGACCGCCUGACAAUCCCAUGAUGUAUUGGAGAAAGUUUGUGCUCCAUUACUUUUCUCCGAAAGCUAAGAAAAGGUGGUGCUUUUCGCAGUAUGAAAAUGUCGGUAGGCAGGUGCUUGGUGCUUCUCCUCAAGGAGCCGCGGAUGCAUGGAAAUGCGGUAUUUGUGGUGCUAAAUCUGGAAAAGGGUUUGAGACUACAUAUGAAAUACUGCCCAGGCUUACUCAAGUUGAAUUUGAAAGCGGGGUUGUAGAUGAGCUGUUAUUUCUUGAAAAGCCCCAUGAGUUCAGGCUUAGCUCAGGCAUGAUGGUUUUGGAAUGUAUAAAAGCUGUUCAAGAAAUUGUCUAUGAGCAACGACGCGUCAUUCGUGAGGGGAAACUUAGAGUAAUUUUUACGCCAGACUUAAAGAUCCUUUGUUGGGAGUUUUGUUCUCGUGGCCAUGAAGAAUUUCUCUCUCGUGAGGCGAUAAUGCCCAAGGUGAACCUGUUGUUGCAGGCUGCUCAUAAAUAUCAAUGCGCUGUGAGUAAGAAGAGAACACCUGGAGUCCCACUCGCGUUGCAAGCUAGUUAUAACGAGGCCAUGUCAGCAGUAUGUCAGUUUCUGAGUAACCUCGAGUUACAUCCAUUAGAUGACCUUGGGUUCUCCAAAAGUUACAUGCGAUGUUUGCAAACAUCACAGGUCGUAAAUAGUAUGAAAGACUUGAUUGAUUUUAGCCUGGAGAACAAGAUUGGACCUAUAGAGAUCCUGAAGUUCUACUCACAGCAGGCUGCAGCUAAUCUCCAAGCAUCAAAGGAUGCAAGAAAUGCAGUACAUGGUCUCAGCAACCACGCAACGGAUAACCUCCCAGCUGCCCACAUCGAUAAUAACACUCCAUAUCCUGCAAUUAAACCAAACAAUUACCUAUAUUUUCACAGAACCUCUCCAACUCAUGAUUCACUUCUGCCGCAACCCGAUCCAUUCCCUACAAAAUCAAUAUUCUUCAAUGGUUCAUCAACUUGUCAUCAGACGAAUAACCACGAGGCUUCUCAAGUGAAUCAGAACUUGCAGCGGCAUGUCAUAGAGCAACUCCUGCAGGAAUCGAAGAAUAACAAAGGAGAAUCUCAACGAUCUCUUUCUGUUGAACCUAGUUCUAACCACAACAAUUCCUCCAGCAGUACUGGCAGCUUUAAUACGGAGAAGCCUGGGAUGCAACAGGACUUGCAACUUACUGAAUUGGAUCAGGACAUACUGCAACUAAUCGCCGAAGGUAACAUUCAAUUGUGAGGAAUUGUAAAGAUUUCAAGAUAUAGGGUGUCAACUGUAAAGAAUUAUGGACAUACAAAUUUGUACAUAGUAGUUUUCAGAUAGUCUUUAGGUUUGGAAUUUGUUAGUUAUGUUGCCAUCCUUAGUACUAAGAUGUCAGAUGUUUGGGAUUGAGUGUACAGGUUUCAUUUAUGUCCUGAUUGAUACUUAAUAAAUUAGA